AUGUCUGGUUUGCUGAUUGCUGCUUUGAUCUUCUUUAUUUUCGGCGGAUCGGCACAAUACGACGAGCAUGAGUCAGCCCAGUUAUUCGCUUUGGCUGUGACAAGUACAGUGUCAUCCCUACGGGGGUCUGAAGAAAUGUCUAAGAAUCGAAAUCCGCUUCUCUCCGUUGAGCCCUUGAAGUAUUCGCUUCAUCCCGACUGGAAACUAUGGUCAGAAAUGGAAGGCAGCGAACAGCAACAGGCUUUAGAUCGUGUAGGUGUCUAUUUGAAAAAAUAUGGGGACAUGAUUGGCCACAAGAAAAAAAUUAAGAAGCAUGGAACAUGCGAUCUGAUUAACAUCGGUCUCAACAUUGAGGGGGACCAUAACCUUUGCGGCCCGGCACCGCCCAAGCCUUGUAAUUUUAUUUCGUUCGGCAUCAAUGACGAUCCUUCCUUUGAUCGUAUCCUGGCAGAUAGAUGGGGCUGCCGAGGCUUUGCCGGGGAUCCGACGGUUGAGCAUCCGUCAAAACUUCACCCGCUAGUAACCUUCCAUAACGUCGGAGCCACGUUGCUGAUGAAUAAUGAAGAACGAGAAGUCGACAAGGGUGGUGCUGAGGACUGGUGGUUGGUCAGUAUGCCCAAGAUGCGGUUUUUCCUUGGACUUAAACACAUUGAUAUCAUCAAACUAGACUGUGAAGGCUGCGAAGUAGCUUUUGCCCGCGAUAUUCUCCGCGAAGAUCCGUCAUACUUGCACCACGUUGACCAGUUGUCGAUUGAGACGCACGUCACGCGGACUUGGUUGGAUUCGCGCGAGCAUGUUUACUAUUUUGGAUUGCACUUUGCUCUUCUCGAAGAAGCGGGCUUCGUCUUGGAAUGGUCUAAUGUAUUUGGAUGUAGCAAACGCCAUGAGGUCACUGGGUGCAUGCCAGAACUGGAACAGUACGGAUUUCCUUGCGGGUACAAGCCGUGGCCAGCGCAUCCGAAUGUAGUUAUUGGUGUAUCUUGUCAAGAUUUUUUGUGGAAACGCUAUCCCGAAAAGGCAAGUGGAUCCUUCUCAAUUACAAAGUCAUUGUAG